GGGGAGGCGGGAGGCGGCAGCGCUGCAGCCCGGCCACCGGCGGGGCACGGGGCCAGCGGCAGCCCCGCACGGCCCCUUCUCCGCCUCCGCAGAAACACCUGCGGGGGGAAGGAUGCCGGGAGGCGGCCGCCCCCCUCCGCGGGAGCGCGGGCUGGCUCCGGCGCCGCCCCAACCAGAAGGAGGAGGAAGAGGAGAGGAAGAGAAAGGAGCAGGAGGGAAGUGGGGAAGUUGUGCCUUGCCCGCCCCGCCGAGAGCCGGAGCCAUGGGCCCGGCUGGGGGGGCCCGGGCCGCCCCCUCGCUGCUGCUCUCGCUGCUGCUCGGAGCCUCGGCCCCGCUCUGGCUGCGGGCGGAGACGCUGGGGGAUGGAUGUGGGCACACAGUGAUGUAUCAAGACAGUGGGACACUGGCAUCCAAGAACUAUCCUGGGACAUACCCAAACUACACUCUUUGUGAAAAGAAAAUCCAAGUGCCUCCAGGAAAACGCCUGAUCUUGAAAAUUGGAGACCUGGAUAUUGAAUCACAGAAAUGCGAGUCCAGCUACCUUACCAUCCAGAGCUCUUCAACAUUGCAUGGGCCCUACUGUGGUAAUGUGAUGCCUGUCCCCAAAGAAAUCAUUCUAGAUAGCAAUGAGGCAACUAUUCACUUUGAGAGUGGAUCCCACGUGUCAGGACGAGGCUUUUUGUUGUCCUAUGCCAGCAGUGAUCAUCCAGAUCUGAUCACGUGUUUGGAACGAGCAAACCACUACACAAAGGCUGAAUUCAGCAGAUACUGUCCUGCUGGCUGCAGAGACAUAGCAGGUGACAUUUCUGGGAAUAUUGGAGAAGGAUACAGAGAUACGUCUCUGCUGUGCAAGGCAGCGAUCCACGCGGGCGUGGUGGCGGACGAGCUGGGCGGCCAGAUCAGCGUCACGCAGCACAAGGGCAUCAGCCGCUACCAGGGCGCCGUCGCCAACGGCGUCCCCUCCCUCGAUGGUUCUCUGUCAGAUAAGCGAUUUACAUUUACUUCAAAUGGCUGCAACAAAUCUCUCAGUCUGGAAGAGGGAUUCCUCUCCAAGAGCCAGGUUACUGCAUCUUCCUACUGGGAGGAGACCAAUGAGUUUGGGCAACUACUCCUGUGGUCCCCAGACAAGGCUUGGCUACAAGUCCCAGGAUGGUCUUGGGCCUCCAACCACAGCAGCAACCGGGAAUGGCUGGAGAUAGACCUGGGAGAGAAGAAGAGAAUUACGGGGAUUAAGACCACUGGUUCUGGAUCCAUGAAUUUCAACUUUUAUGUGAAGACAUUUACAAUGAACUAUAAAAAUAACAACUCAAAAUGGAGAACUUACAAAGGGAUUCUGAGCAAUGAAGAAAAGGUGUUCCAAGGCAACUCCAACGCUGGUGACGUAGUGCGCAAUAACUUCAUCCCUCCCAUCGUGGCCCGUUACGUGCGGAUCAUCCCUCAGACCUGGAACCAAAGGAUAGCCCUGAAGCUGGAGCUGAUGGGCUGUAGAAUAAUGCCAGCUAACAGUUCCUUCACGCAUUCCAUGUGGCAGAAACCGAGUCAGAGCACAGAAACCUCCCUUGGGAAGGAAGACAGGACUGUUACAGAGCCCAUCCCCUCCGAAGAAACUAGCUUGGGUUUAAAGCUCACAGCUAUAAUUGUCCCCAUCUUCAUCGUGCUGUUUCUGUUCUUGUUCUCUGGAAUUUGUAUCUGCGCAGCCCUACGCAAGCGAGAAGCCAAAGGACUUUCUUAUGGAUUAUCCAGUACUCAGAAAUCAGGUUGUUGGAAACAAAUCAAGCAGCCCUUUACCAGACAUCAGUCAACUGAAUUUACCAUCAGCUAUAAUAAUGAGAAGGAGACACCACAAAAGCUGGAUCUGGUCACCAGUGACAUGGCAGAUUAUCAGCAGCCUCUCAUGAUUGGAACUGGGACGGUAACACGUAAAGGAUCUACUUUUCGCCCCAUGGACACCAAAGAGGAGGGAAGAAGGGGGAGUUCUGAGUUUGAAAAUCACUAUCACUGCCCUCACAGAGCUAACAGGCACGAAUAUGCCCUGCCCCUGACCAGCCAGGAGCCCGAGUACGCCACCCCCAUCAUAGAGCGGCACAUAGCAAGGGAAGGUAAUAUCCCCCCUGAGAACGGCUACAACGUUCCCAUCGCCUCAUCUCAGAUACAUUCCCUUACCGCUGGCAGCUUCUCCAGUUCCUGCAAAACCGACACCAGGAACGGAGACUAUCAGACACCCCAGAGUGUCAUAAACUACGACAAACCCAAAGUUAAUGGUGUUCUGACCUCCGUGAGCUACAGCACAGACUACCAGAAGCCCCAGCAAACUGCUCUCGGGGGCGAGGGGUACUCCACGCCCAGGGACUGCCUAAAGCCCAUAAGCCAGACAGCAAUGACAGCUCUCUUGUGAUCUGCCGAGCAGCAGCGGCACGGUGCGCAGGAACGUCGCUGCACAGCUUUCUGAAGUGAAAACAGAGUUUGGAGGGGCUCUGCUGUGGGAGGCAGAAGGCAAACAAGCCCUGUGUACAUAAUAUUGCUGUCUUGCUGGGUUCUGACAUCUGAAGAAAGCAUAUGCUGUUUAUCACUGUUUAUAGCAAGAGAGAUGUUAUCAGUGAAGACUGUACAUCUUAUUUUCUGUAACUGAUCUCAGUGCUCCGUUUGCAAUGUGUGCAAUUUGUACAUAGCUUUUAUUUAAGGAGAAUUUCUUAGGUUUCCUUUUCACCUGGGGGUUUGAAAGGAUUGCAGGAAUGACUAUUUAAGAAAAACAGUCCUCUUUUUCUGUCUUUAUCUUACCUGCUGCUGUACUGGCAGCUGUAAAUGGUGUAUCUUAUGGUUGUGUUGAUUCAUCUCCUUUCCUAUGAUAACUAAAGAUAGGGCUUUAGUUCUAACUGGGAGGAUAGAAGUUAAACUUCUUGCUGCAUAAUGUGCAUGAAAGAAGGCAGCUGAGUAUUUAAAUACUGUGCUCAAACACAACUUCCCAGCUGCUUUUUUAGCAGCAAUUCUCACAUGCUUGAAUUUGAUCUAACAUACAAGCUGAGCCCAUCGAACUUGCAAUUCAUGUUAGAAAACAGGUAGAAAGGCUGAAACUGGUUUUGGGUUCAAGCCAUGGUUAUCACUCCACAACAGGAAAAAAAAAAAAAAAA